AUUAUUAACUCUACAAUGUUAUCUAAUAUCCAUUCCAUAUUCUAAUUUCCCCAGUUUUUUUGGGGGGGGGUAGAAAACUUUAUUUCCUCAAUUUAAGAUCCGAAGAUUAUAUGUUGCAUUUGUUUGUUUUGGCUCAGUGGUCUCUGUGAACCUGCCACACUCCUCCUAUCCUUUUAUCCUCUCACAGUACUGACCUGUGAAAUGUCUAAGCCAGUUGUCUUGAAACAUGUCCUAUAUUCUGGAUUUCUCUGAUUACGGUCUCAGGAUGUAGCUUUUCUUGUUAAUUAUUUCAGAUGACCUUUAUCAGAAAGGAUGGAGUUGGGAAAAGGAAAACUUCUCAGAAGUGGGCUGAAUGCAUUGUAUCAAGCAAUACACCCAAUUCACGGCCUUGUCUGGACCGAUGGGAAGCAGGUAGUCCUGACUGAUGUGCAGCUUCAGCGUGGAGAGGCCAAGUUUGGGGACUCGAAGGUCAUUGGGCAAUUUGAGCAUGUGUAUGGGGUGUCGUGGGCCCCACCUGGGAUAGCGGACACGCCCCCUCUGCUCGCUGUCCAGCACAAGCAGCAUGUCACUGUGUGGCAGCUGUGUCCCAAUACCACGGAAACAAGCAAGCCGCUGCUGUCUCAGACCUGUGAGAUUAGAGAACCGCGCCCUGUCCUUCCCCAAGGCUGUGUGUGGCACCCACAAAGUGCUGUUCUGACGGUGCUGACUGCACGGGAUGUCUCCAUUGCCCAUAACGUGCACUGUGAUGGUUCCCGAGUGAAAGCGGACAGCAGCGCCCAGGGCCUUAUUCACUGUGCGUGCUGGACCCAGGAUGGCCAGCGGCUGGUGGUGGCCGUAGGCAGCAGCCUACAUUCUUACAUUUGGGACAGUGCUCAGAAGACUCUUCAGCGGUGCUCCUUCUGCCCAGUAUUGGAUGUGCUCAGCGACGUGCGCUCCAUCGGGGCCGCUGUGGACUCACAGGUCGUCCUAGCCACUGAACUUCCAAUAGGGAAGAUUUGUGGCUUAAAUGCAUCUGAGACAUUUGGCGUUCCACCCAGCAGUGAAGACACUUGUCUGUAUACGUCACCAGUUUCUGAUGAGAUGCCCUCUGUGGAUAAAGGGGCAGCCUCUUGUGGAACAAAUUCCGACACAUCAGUGUCUCCCUUUUCUUCCCGUUCAGAUCCUCUGGAUCUAACUCAUAUACGUUUCAAUGGAUCUAAGUCUGAGAGCAAUGCCCUCAUUUGUCUAAGAAAAAAGAAUUACUUGGCAGGAACCGAUCUGGAUUCUUCACAUUUGAUUCUUGUGACCUUUGCGCAAGUGGUGACCCAGGCCAAAAAAGUCACCAUUCCAGGCAUUCUGGUUCCUGAUCUAAUAGCAUUUAAUCCGAAAGCAAAGGUGGUAGCCGUGGCUUCCAAUACUUGUAAUAUAAUUUUUAUCUAUUCUGUCAUUCCAGCGGUUAUGCCAAACAUCCAGCAAAUUCAAUUAGAGAGUGGUGAGAGACCAAAAGGCAUAUGUUUCUUGACAGAUAAAUUAUUAUUAAUUUUGAUUGGAAAACAAAAAUCCACUGAUUCGACAUUUCUCCCUUCUUCAAAGUCUGAUGAGUAUGUCAUUCGCUUGACUGUUAGAGAAGUAACGUUGAAAGAGGAGUUUCCAGUAACAGUGAGCGAAAACCAGAGUGGCUAUACUACCCUCAGUGCUCUGUUAAAUAAAGCAGAGAGGAAAAAGCCAAUUGAGAGUCUUUCCCCAGAUAUUUGUCACCAAAACAGAGGACUCUUGUUAACAGCUAAUAGCAGUAGUCAAGGUGGAAGGCCUGGAAGUACUUUUAUUAAAGAAAUCAAACGCCCUCCAUCCAGUGUGUGUGAUGACUCCAUAGCCCUGGAAACUCGAGAGGCCGAGCCCGUUGACGGGUCAGCGACGCUGCCCAAAACCAGCAGCACACCAGACUUCACCAGCACCCUGGGCCCUCUUAAUCUCCCUCCAAGAAAGAACUUACAGCGGGAAAAGGAAGCUUGUCAGCUCUCUAAGGAACUGGAAAUUUUAUCUAGGAAACUGAUGGAAGUACAGCGAAGUCUCUCUGAACUCACAGACUUCCUACGUAAUGGAAAGAAGUCCUCUCCAGUGUAUCCGCUCUCUGAGGAUCUGCCUUACGUCCACAUCUCUUACCAGAAACAUUAUUCUGUAGAAUCUGUUGUUGAAAAAAGAGACGUGCUUCUCUGCCACGGCAAACUGAGGCUCAGCACAGUGCAGCAGACUUUCGGCCUCACUCUUGUUGAAAUGCUGCAUGACUCCCGCUGGAUCCUUCUCCCUGCUGAUAGUGAAGGCUUCAUCCCAUUAACUUUUACAGCCAAACAGGAAAUACUCGUAAGAGAUGGCGGCUCCAGGUCAAACAUCUUCAGAGACUCUUUGUCUCAGAGUCUUGAUUCUGGUCCUUGUCUUGAAGUCUUCGGAGAACAUACAGCCCAGCGUUUAGAUGCCACCAGCUAUUCCAACCAUCUAGGCUGAUACUUGUUUGUAGAGUAUUUGCUGCAUAGCUUUUCAGAUGAGACCAUUACAAACAAGAUCUGUUUUCCACUGUGGGCUCUCCCCUCUCACACUGUCACACACAGGUGAAGCACUUGCCUGGUUGGCUCGGCCCCUUCUCCAUCUUCCCCAGAAUGAGGCUCACGCUCGGAGCGCAGCCUUUGUUAGCUGGCUCAGAAAGUGCUUGCUUAUGUAUUCAUGAGGUGUGGUUUUGUCUGAAGGCGGAAUUCCCAGAACAAGACAAUGUAAUGGUGCCCUGUGGAUUGUGUUUUAUGGUUUCUCUGAGGCUUUCUGUCCCAGCCCAGAGCUGUGUUAAAGCUCUCUUAGAAGCACUUAAAAGGUACCUCAGCACUGUGAUAGAUCUUUCUCUUGGCUUAAAGAUGAGGAUAAGGAGUGCAUAUCCUCCAGCAUAUUCUUCUUAGCCCAAACCAGCAGAAAUCUACAGAGCUCAAAGGAAGAUAAAAAGCCACUGACUGCUACCUCCCUCCCCCGCUCUGCUCCCUAGAACAGGAUGGACCUCCCAGAAUGUAAACCUAACUCUAUUGCUUCCCUAGAAAAUUCUGGCUGACGAAGGUCCGGAUCCUCCUAAAAACUGGCCCUGGGCAGAUGUCAAAGGACAUUUCAGUGCUUUGACCCUUCUAGACCCCUCUUGGGUGUGUGCUGAUGUUACUAGUACAAUGCCAAGAACAGGCGAGGUCUAAGGCGUGGUGUAGUAGACACAUUAUAUUUAAUUAAGCAACCCUCCCUAGUUUCUGUGUUGGGGGUUUUAACAUCAUUGGUUGGAUCUUUUGUUUUGUGUACUUGCUCUUUUUUACAAUCUUGAAAUACCACAUUUCUAUGAUGUUUAUUUUCCAUUUCAGGUUUUCCUGACUCUAGAUUAACACCAAUAUCUUCAAUGUUGACUUCUUGGAUUUUUUCCUUGGUUGCACAAGCCUCCUCAAGAUUUUCUCCAAAUUUAACUUUUUCUUGACUCUUCAUUGUUAGAAUAUCUGCAAUUGCAUGUCGCAUUUCUUCAAUAGGCUGAGCUCCUGCCAGAAUGGCCUUCUCAAAGAUUGAGAUAAUAUUUUCAAUAGAACUUGUGAGUGGUUCAACACGUGCAAGGCAUAUCCAAUACUUAACAAGUGUUUUGGCAUCUGGAAUAUUUUUAAUCAGGUCAUUCAGUAUGUUUAAUACUUCUUCUUUGGGGCAUCCCUCAUUAAUCAGGUUUAGGCAUUCAGAAAAUGUCUUGUUUACUUUUUCAGUAAAUAAUCUUUGUUCUUCUCCUUCUCCAAGGGUAGUCCAAAAUGACCCAACUGGUUUUUCAUUCUGUCCUUCAGCUUCAGGCUGGGUUAUUACUGAGCUAGGAGGCCUUUUCAACAUUUUUCCUUUGCUAGCUCUCCACUCAGACGAGCUUUUCUUUCUUCUGCGGUUUCUUUGGGCUGAGCCCUUCUCCUUUUUUUUUUUUUCUUUUUGGGCUGAGCCCUUCUAUUGAUAGUUGCUUUUGCUGUAGUAUGUCUGCACUACUCAGUGGUUUUUUACUUUUCUAUCUGUUUGAUAUUAGAAGAUGAAGCAGGUCUGGCUAUCAUUUCAGAUGUGAUGCUUCUUGAUACUGUCUUAUUUCUUUUUACUUCCUGAGAAGAAAUGGUGUUGACACUAGAUAAAACUGUAUUUAAUUGUAGUAAUUCUUUCUCAUGAGACCCUUUCCGAAUGUAACAUUGGCAAUGCCUUGUUUCCUGGGUAUUAUGAGUAUUACUGUGGUGACUUCUAAUAGGAGGACAUAAAAGUUGUUCAUUCUGAGAUGUAACCCUCACAAAUGUAGUCGUAGUCAUCAUCUUUGAGGCUCUGUGACUUUUUGCUGUUACACUGCUGGUGUUGAUAGGCUGAGGUUUUGCGGCCUUAGAGAUAGGAGUUGAAAGUUUCUUUGUUAUUGCAGAAUGCUCAUCUUUGACUUGUACAGGCUUUCUAAAUGAAUGAACCUUAGAUUGAACAGUGUGGCCACGAUAAGAUCCAAGCACAGGUUUCUUGAGCACGUUAGCAUCUUGCUUUGGCUUUUCUGUAGUCACUUGUUUCUUUUUAUUAUUGUUUUUAAUGUGAAACGCUUGGCUUAAUGUCAUAUGUUGACCUUGGCGAUCAUUUGUAAUUGGUAACAACUGCAGAGUUUGAUUAUUAUUCUCCAAGUUAUAUAUAUCAGUGGCUAUAGUUGAAUUGGUUAAUUCAUUAGAAGGUUUUAACGGAAUACAAUUUUUUCCCAUUGUUACAUUAUUUUUGCUCCUUGUAGGUCUAUGGACAUUUUCUUUAUCAGCCAUUUUUGUCUUAAGUUUCAGGACUUUUGUCUCUUCUUGGACCAGACCCUCAGAUGCCAUCAUUCCCUCGUUUCUACUGGAGAAUUUCUGAUUUUCCUGUUUGUAUGCAAAAGAGUUUUUCUUUUUAACAGAU